AGGCCGCAGUCCGCCCGCAGCCCCAGCCCGAGCACCAGCCAGGCCAUCCCCUCACCAUGAGCCAGUGUUCAGUUCUCUCGUCCUCACACCUCAUCCUCGUAUACCUCAUCCUCUUGGCCCUCGUGAUGGUGUUGGAGGUCCAGUACACACUCGACGCGAAGCUGCCCCUGGACAUCCUCCCCCGUGGCAACCGAAACCGACGUCGGGUCCUGAAAUCUGUCGAGCAGGAAGCCAGGACCCGAACACUCGAAGGGGAAGUCGGGCCGAGAAAUUUCGGUGCCGGGGGAACUGUCGGUCCGGAAGCGGUUUCUCAAAAUGACAGCGAUUUUAACAGUGAGUUCGUAGACUAUUCGCCUCGCGUGAGUUACUAUGACGUCCUGGGCAGCACUGAAGUUCCGAGUGCGGGUAGUUCACGAAAAAACGAGUUCGCGGCAUCGUCAUCGGUUAGCCAGGGAUUCCCUCCCUUGAGAGAAGUAAACCCAGUGUCAUCCUCCAGACCCCAGAAGAACAUCAAAGUGUCACCGGAAGUUAAUGCCUUCGACGACCUGAUUGACCUACUGACGGCUUCGCAGACCCAUUGCCUCGUCGAUGAAGCCAAGGGGCGCCGCGGCAAGCACUCGUACCGAUGCUCCGUUCAGAAGCACCGCGACUGUCGACAGAGACUCCUCAAAGGCAAGCAAACGCAAUAUUCGAGGAAGUGUCACAGCGGUAAGAGAGGCAGACGAAAAUACAAGCCAAGUUACGAAGUGAACCCCUUGUCAUACAAGUGGAAUGAAGAUACAGCUCUCACUUCCAAUACCAUACAAGGAUCAUGGGAUGAGGGAGAAGCAGGAGGAGCGACGAAGUACAGUCUAACAGUGGAUGCAGAUUACACUUUCAUGGAGGAGAUGAAGAAACUCAAGUUCUCGCCCCUCAUCACCUUUGACACCAAAUUCGACCUUGCCGGACUUAAUUCUUUGCACAAGUACGAAGUCGUGUGGAAACUCCUGCAGGUCUUCCGCUGGCUCCUCCCCCGAAACGGCUACCUGCUGGUGAGGUCGUCGGCCGAUGGAGACGACCUUCUUCAGUACCUGCAGCAGGAAGGUCUUCAGGAACCCUUGCACAUCCUGACCCUGUGGAAGUUGCAAGAAAGAGUGAAAGUGCGUAAGAGAUGAUGUCGGUGAUGCGCUAUAAAUUAUUAGGAUGUAAUGCGUAAGACAGCGUUGUUUAUGCUGAUAGGAUUUUUUGUUGUUUUAUUUAUGUUGACAGGAAAAGGAGAGAAAAAGUUAAAUGUUAGAUAGGACUGUAGAGUAAUGAGGAUGUUAUCAAAGGAUGUAGAGAGUUUUCAUGAGUUUUGUUCACUGCUGAAGACACGAAAAGACGGAUAAUAAACGGUUAUGUGACGUAAGACCGAUUCGGAGCGCUUGUAUUAGCAAUCUCGAACGGUUCUUCAGUGUAUGAUAAUUGACAAUAAAAUAAA